AUGGCUUCAUCAAGCUUCUCACCAGCUACACCUCCAGUUUUCAAUAGAGAAGGAUAUCACAUUUGGGUAGUCAAGAUGAGAACCUACCUCCAGGCAUUUGAUCUAUGGGAGGUGGUUAACUCAGAUGUUGAACCAGAACCAUUGAGAGUAAAUCCAACAGUGGCUCAAAUGAAGCAGUACUCUGAAGAAAAAAGUAAAAAGCACAAGGCUAUGUCAUGCAUUCAGAACUGUGUUUCUGAUGUUAUCUUCACCAGGAUCAUGGCUUGUGAGACUCCAAAGCAGGCCUGGGACAAACUCAAAGAGGAGUUCCGAGGUACAGAGAGGACAAGGCAACAACAGUUGUUGAAUCUGAGAAGGGAGUUCGAGAACUUGAAGAUGAAGGAAGAAGAAACUGUCAAGAAGUAUUUUGACAGAAUCAUGGCUGUAGUUAACAGUAUAAGGCUCCUUGGUGAGCAAUUUAAUGAGGCAAGGAUUGUGGAGAAAGUGCUCUCUACCUUACCAGAAAGGUAUGAAGCAAAAAUAUCCUCCUUAGAGGAUUCAAGGGACCUAACCAGCAUCUCUUUAACAGAGCUGAUCAAUGCUCUGUAUGCACAAGAGCAAAGGAGGGCCAGCAGAUCGGAGGAGCACCAAGAAGGUGCCUUUCAAGUCGAAGCCAAAUCUGCCUCGAGCACCUCUGCCUACGAAGGCAAGAAUACCUGGUCAAACGAGCUUAAAGCAGAUGGUGCAGGAAGAUAUCCACCCUGUCCACACUGCAGAAGGGCAAGUCACCUGGGUAAAGUAUGUUGGUUCAGGCCUGAUGUGCAGUGUAGAUUUUGCAAGAAGAUGGGUCAUGUAGAAAGGGUUUGCAAAAAUAAGGGCAGACCAAGAUACAACCAACCCCAGCAGCCAAGAGCUGAAGCUCAAGUAGUAGAAGAAGACAAUGAUUAA